UUUCUCACUCUUAAUUAUAUCUCCAAACAUGAAACGUUCUCUUACUCUCUACACCCUUCUUGCUCUCUUUUUGGCCACCGGAAAAUACGCUUCCGGCCAGAACUGUGGCUGCGCUCCCAACCUAUGCUGCAGCCAGUUCGGCUACUGCGGCUUCAGCGAUGCCCAUUGCGGAACUGGCUGCCGUUCGGGGCCAUGUUUCGGUGGUUCACCGGGAGGAAGUAACGGAACCGUAGUUAGUAACAUAGUGACGGAUAAUUUCUUCAAUGGGAUUGCUAAGCCGGCGCCGGCUGACUGCGCCGGGAAGGGCUUCUACACACGCGCCGCCUUCCUCCAGGCGAUCAGGGCUUAUCCUCAGUUCGGCACCACCGGCUCCACCGACAAUGCUAAGCGGGAGAUCGCGGCGUUCUUCGCUCAUGUGACACAUGAGACCGGACACUUUUGCUACACACGGGAAAUAAACGGUGGAACCUUUUGCGACAGCAGCUAUAGACAGUGGCCUUGCACACCGGGCCAGUCCUAUUAUGGCCGAGGCCCGCUACAAAUCACUUGGAACUUCAACUACGGCCCGGCUGGCCGGGCCAUAGGGUUUGACGGAUUGAACAACCCAGAUCUCGUAGCUAGAGACCCUAUUAUCUCAUUUAAGAUCGCUUUGUGGUUCUGGGAGAAGAAUGUGCACUCGCUUAUCACAUCGGGGCAGGGCUUCGGGGCGACUAUCCGCGCCAUCAACGGAAAUCUUGAAUGCAACGGCGGGAAUCCGGCCACUGUGACUGCUAGGGUUAAUUACUACACACACUACUGCAGCCAAAUCGGAGUUAGUCCUGGACCUAAUCUCCGUUGCUAGGAAAGAUCAUUGGAAUAAAUCAAGUUUGAUCACUAAGAGAAUGUAACAAAAUUGUGUGAGAAUAAAUUACUACUAGUAAAUAAGGUAGUGGAAAA